AUGCUACUCUUAUCAAGAAGCGGUGUCAGGGAACUCAUUCUUACUAAUUCAAAUCGUCGUUGUAAACUUCCUUCUUAUGUGUUUUCUUGUCUAGAAUUGACAAAGUUGGAACUGAAACACUGUCUCUUUAAGCCACCACUUAAGUUUAAAGGAUUUCUCAACCUUGAAGAUCUUUCUCUCGAACAUAUCAAUUUUGAGGUUAACUUGGGUGGAACUCAGAUCAUCUUACCACAUCUUAAGAAUUUGUCCCUUGUUAUGUGCACAAAGGUAUACAAUUUCAACAUCAAGGCUACAAAACUGUUCAACUUGACUAUCACCGCAGCUUGUCCUGAUGCCAUGUUGCUCCGAUUAUUACACAGUCCAUGCCUUACUCUGGUUAGUAUAUAUUUUGGGAAACCCAUCAUAGAAGGAAAGAGACAAGUUGAAACAAUAACAUCAGCCAUGAUGUUAAGUAACCUUACAAAAGUUGAAGGUUUUCUUAUCGCUGGUCACUUUCUCAAGAUUAUUACCGCAGAAAAUACUCCAAAGUGGCUUGCACGUCCAUUUAAUAGUUUAAACCGAUUGCACUUCCAUGAAUUUCAACUUGGUAAUUUGGAUCAGCUUCAUGGUGCGCUUUGUUUGCUACGUAACUCACCGAAUCUAAAAGAACUGCAUGUGAUGCACUUGAAAAUGGAGCCUCAAGUUGACGUGGGACCUGCUUCAAAUCAUUUGGAAUCCCCAAACUGCUUGGAUUGUACAUUGGAUCAGUUGCAGACUGUUGAGAUAACAUAUUUAGAAAGAUCAAAACCGGAACUGCUUUUUAUAAAACUUCUUCUUGCUCAUUCCCCUUCUCUCGACAAGUUAACUAUAACACCAAGUGGAGCUCUUGAUGCUGAAAAAAUACUUGACAUUGCUAAGGAUGUUAUGUGGUUCCCUCGAGCCUCACCGAAAGCAAAAAUAUUAUACUUGAACCUGGAGACAUAA